UCCAGUUUCUGCGACUGAGAUUCUAGUUGGCCGUCAAAAAAGAUACUCGAGCUCCCUUCUAUCGAUCAGCGCUACUUCAUUCGUCAGAUCCUGCGUCAUUCCUCAAACGAACAACACCCACCAAGGCGUAACUCGUUUUCCAACUUCUAGCUUAACCACCACAACACUCAGAAACAUGUCUCGCGACGUUUCCAGCCAAUCCAACAUUGCCAUCUCAAAGACUACGGACCAGGAUGGUAGUUUUAACCGGAGACCUUCUACUUUCCGUGAUGUGAUCGAAAAAGGAGGAAAACACGAACCGGAAAAGGGCCGCUACCAUCUCUACGUAUCGUAUGCGUGCCCAUGGGCUCACCGAACGCUCAUCAUGAGAAAGCUCAAGGGUCUUGAGGAUUUCAUUGAUGUGACCGUCGUGUCUCCUCGUAUGGGCGAACAUGGUUGGCCAUUCGCCAAUGUGGAUCCCUACCCUGGUGCCGGACCCGACCCAGUCGCCGGAGCUGAGCACAUUAAGGACCUUUACUUGAAGGCUUCUCAGAUCGUGAACAAUGAAUCUUCAGAGAUCAUCCGUAUCCUCAACACGGCAUUCAAUGAACUCAUUCCUGCGGACAAGGCUGCCCUCGACUUUUACCCUGAGCAACUCCGAAGCGAGAUUGAUGCCUCCCAUGAGUGGAUCUAUCCCACCAUCAAUAAUGGUGUGUAUAGGUCUGGCUUUGCCACCUCUCAAGGUGCCUACGAGACCGCCGUCAAAGCCCUCUUCGA